AUGGCCGGUUACAUUACAUUAUUUCAGUGCUGGAUAUACGAGCACCUUCCAAUGGUGCAUCAGUGUGUCGUUGAUGAUGCUUAUGUUGUGGCAAGCCCAUAUUCCUCCAGUUGGCUUUCGAGUAAGGCACAUAUGGCGGGGAUCAAGGGAGCCCCAUACCGGGCACAUAUAGAAGCCCUGACUGUCACGAACGUGUGUUGGAUGCCCUAUGCAGAGCACCAAGGAGUUAGGGGCUUCGACUUGAUCUCAUCCUACACGGACCAGCUCAGAUGGGGCCAGAUAGUCGUCUACAUUCGACUAGAGCGGGUGCUUCGACAGUUCAGGUACAUUCAGACCGUCCCUCCGUCGCAUGUUUGUGAUUCAUUGAUGGGUCUUGAUAUAGACGACCGGUGCCUACACUUUUCAGACCAUCUAGUGCCCGCGGGGGAGAUCUGUGUAGUUCUUGGCCAAGUAGCACUAGACUACAUGGAUUGGUUUUUCUGGAUUUCGCACCUGUUCUUCACGCCGACCGAGGACGGUGCUGAGCUGAGACAUCCGCCUACCCCACAUGAUGAGGAGUUCGUUGAGCCACCUAUCCUGGAGGUUCCAGUUGCGUCCGAUCUCCCUACGCAUUCAGUGGUUGACUACCAAGGAUGUCAAGCGAUCACUGAGGAUUUGGAGCGGGUCAUCAACCUCAGGAUGGUUACUGAAGGCACUGAGUUAUAUGACAUCAUGGCUCGUUGCCUCAGGAUCGCUAGGGGUGACACCGCAGAUGGAAUUCUUAGGUCGCGACAAAGACGACGCAUAGAAUAG